CUGUUAUUCACUUUAAUGGUAAGAGUUAUCUAGAAGUGAGACUCACAGGACAAGCAGGACACAAACUAUCUGCUGUAAAGCUUAUCUUUUAGGGGUCUUAGUGUUUCAAAAAUAGUCAUUUUUGCACAAUGACAAUCAUCUAUAUUGCUUUAUUAUAGCUAUGUCACACUAGUUUUGUCCUCCUUCCAUGAUCAGAUUUGAAAACGGCGUUGCUGACAGCCAAAAUAAAACAAGCAACUUUUUCCUCAACUUUGAAUUGAAUUGGGUAAUGUGGUUAAAUGAUCCUUUAGGAGGUAUUGUAUAGUCAACUUAAACAUGUGAGGAGGGAGAAGAAGAUCCUAUAGUGUUUACUCUGUCAGGCAGGGAGUCGCCCAUCCUCAGGCAAAGCCCCGGAUUAACACUGAACCGUUAACAUGACAGUGAGGGCCUCCCCUCUACCUCCACUCCCACACCAAGACAAACUGUUCUACUCUAGAGUAAGCAUUUGCUCUGAGACAGACACUUUACAUUUUUGGGGUGACUUUAUCAGAUCUGUGUUAGGACUUAUUAGGCCAUCAGUUUAUUGUUCCAGAUGUCUUUUGUAGAAUGAGUGUAAAGAGGACUGACCGUCGUUCCUCUGCCACAUGCUACACCGAAUAUUUUACAGGCUGGUAUCUGAACCCUGUAGGAACAGAACGGCAUGCAACGUGGGUGUGGAGCCUGAUGCUGAGGUCUCCUCUCUAACCAGCCGAUAAGCCCAGCUGUGAUUACGCAGGCACUUUCUAUUGUGUUGCUUGUUUCAUUCAGCCCCCAUUUAAAAACCAGGCAGCGGGGCUCAGUGGGCCGAGCCAUAGCAGGCCACACUGCCUGAUUCUGUUUGGGUUGGUUCUUCUGUCCAGCAAGGUGGUGAUUCAACAGUUCUACGUCCUUAUUAGAGUCACAGUUUUUUCCCCUGGUUAUCUGAACCAGUCGAAAAAUAGCUCUUCUCUUAGAAAUGUUGACUGUUAUUUUAAACUGGGAUUGAUUGUGUCUAGGGGCUUGCAGUGUUUGGUUUACAUACAUUAACCACCAACCCCCUCACCAUUCUGGAAUGUAAUGGUGGAGUAUCUGUCGAUGACGCUUGUUCUUCGACUGCAGGACUAAAUAAUCUCUACUGGGACUUUUUCUUUGCCCUCUGUAUCGAGUUUCUGUGUUUUCCACCGUGACUGAUAUCAUUCAGAUAGAGAAGUCACGUAGUUAGUUAUCUUGGCCUUGUCUUUCUGCCGUCAAGGUCAUUGCGGUGUUCACUAACGAGAGAGAGCGUACCAUCAGUUGUUUUUCUGUAUUCUUCUCUCCAUUGUCAGCUGACCUAUGACUCCAUUAAUUAAGUGGAGGUCUCGUCGCUACGAUACAGCAUACAUCCCACCGCCAACUGUGUGGUGCGCGUUGGUUGGUUGCCAAUUGCCUGUUUUGUAAUGCUGUCGUCAAAUCAGCUUUACAGAUUCCUCUGGAAUUGGGACGGUUUCAAACGGAGCUACAUGUCCAAGCUAACUGCAAUUAGGUGAAACCCUGUUGAUUUGUCUCAUGCCAGGAUUCUAUGUGUGUGCGUGUGUGUGUGUGUCGUCAGUCAGCACACACACAAUUUUACUUUUUCAACUCCAUGCGAGUGGUUAAUGGGACGUGAGCCAAUGAGAAAGCCCCAUAGAAUGAUCUACAGCAAGGACACUGGGCAUGACAAUAACCCUGGCCCCUCCCCUCCCGAGGUAAAUCCCCACAAUCCCCUAGGAAAUCUAUUAUAUACAACACUGGGAGCAAACACACUUGUUGGAGCCACACCAAGAUGGAGUGUCAGUCAGUUUGUGUGUGUAAAGAGUAUGGCAGAAGAGCUCUCUGUCGGUGUUUGAGAUCUCUGUGAUUGAACUGAUGCAGCAGAAGUUAUGGAUGUGGAGGAUUCCUUUGCACAGAUAGAUCCUUUGCCAAAGAAGCUGUAAAAUCUGACCAGGGUCUGUAGAAGUGCCUUGUCAAUCAUUGAAGUGUCUCAAAGGAAUGCACUGCGUAGAAAGGCUCUGAGGAGAGGAGCAGUCAUUUUCAGCCUGCUUUAUCAGUGCUCUCUGAGACGCUGUUAUUUGCUGAAAGAGAACUUGACAAAAGAGUGCAUCUGAAAUGCCACAGCGAGAUUGAGAAUUCUUUGGAAAAUGAAAAUGGUGGAUAUUGACUCACAGACCACCAUGCCAUCAGAAUCAGAAACUGACAAACAUGUGGCCAGGAACUUUCUCACCAAGAUAUUACGAAGUUCUAUGAGGAAGAACCGCUUCAAGGGGAGGAAUGAACCAGUCUCCCGGCCCCAUUCAUGGCACUCCUCCAAGUUCACAGAAGACCACCCCGAACCCACAGAGAGUCACAAAGAGCCUCCACCUGCACCCCCACCUCCACCUGUGUGGCAGGUCAAACAUGAAGUCAGUGCAUCCACAAAAGAUCUUUCCAGCUGCGGGGACCACGACUCGAAUCUACGCCAGUUAUCCAGCCAGUUCAGCUCCGUGGGGAAUAUGGAGAGAGUAGAGCGCCCCUCACACCCCUUCCCACCAGGAUGCCUCUCCCCCAGCAGGUACCACCGCAGCGCUGAGCCUCUCUCUGGCGGUGGAGGGUCUGGUGGGAAGAGAGAAUCGCCCUUCAGUUGCCUCUCCACUACCAGCCCUCCCCCGGAGCCUGCUCUGGCCCUCGCCAACACUGACGCUGCUGCGACUGAGGACAGCAUGUUCUAUAAGGGGGUCCAGACUCAGACCAGUGAGGAUGGAAGGCUGGGUGAGCAGCGCCACAGCCGGUACCUCCAGCUGCCCCAGGGGGACGGAGGCUUGGAGAGCCCCAGGACAGUCCCAGAGGAGCAGCCUGGCUCCCGCUACUCCAGCUCAGGCUCUGGCAGAUCGCACAUAGGCCCUGUGUGGAUUAUCCCAGAGAGGAGGAGGGUAGCAGCGCCCCCCUCUCCUCCUCCUCCUCCCCUACGCAGUGACAGCUUUGCUGUCACCAAGGUGUACCCUGCCUACACAGAGGGGCCUGGAGCUCCACCACACGGGCAGAUGAAGAACCAGGAACGAGGGGUGGACAGGCUAGCUGAGGCCCCAGAGAACAGCAGCUACAGAGGCCGGGGCAACCAUAUCUCUCACGAUGAGAACGGGGUAGACCCCAGGUGCAGUUACAACACUCCACCUCGCAAGAAAGACUUCCUCCACCCAAAUAUAGCAGCAGGAGCACCUGACUACAACCACAACCAGCUCAGCAACCCAAACAAACUGUUCUCGGUGUCUAGCCAGGACGUGAGACAGAGUCAGUCUCCCUUCGCUUGCCUGCCCAAUCACCAGCGGCAGUACAGCGACGAAAGCACUUUCUACCUGCAGACCAGGUCCGCCCCACAUCCACCGAAGCCGCAGAGCGUCGGGAGCUACUACCACAGCCUCCAGGAGCUCCCUACCAACAGCAGUAACAGGAAUCACGUGAGGUCCUCCACCACGUCCCUGUCCACCUCGACCAUCGACCAGAACUAUGACGGCGGAGGACACAUCCGGUACUACUGCAUCACAACCAAGCAGCCAGCCCAGCCAGAGACUCGUGUUAGACAGACCAAAUCAGAGGUCUGGAGGGCUGACAUGGAGCUAGCUAAGGGCUCCAAUGACAGGGGCUCCACAACUUCCUCCCACAAGACCAACAAGGUCAAGUAUCCUCCUAAUCCUCAGCAGCCCUACACCAACAGCAAGGAGCGGAACGGAAAUUUCCAACCGGCCAAUGUUCUGCUUUACGGGCACACAGCCUCUAAUUCCUUAUCCUCAUCUGGUAAACCUACCACUGAGGAGAAGGAGAGGAGGAGUGAGGGCCAGAGACCUUCUACAGAGGCCCAGCUUAGAAGUUCUUACUCUCCCAGUCCGCCCAAGGACCACAAGGCGGCACCACUGAGAGAAGACCCUUGGGUCUCUCAGGAGAACCACAAGAUCUCUUCUCAAAAGACACCCAUGCUCCACAGUCUGGCUCAGGAGAGUAGAAGCCCCAUGCUUCAUUCUCUAGCACAGGAGAGUAAGAGCCUGGUGGAGAACAAUCACCCUGUUACGGCACCACAACCACCACCAUCCAACGGCGGGGGAGAAGCCAACCACGCCAUACAGGAGGCUUUAACGGACAACACGGCAACGGGCAAACUGGCGAGACGCAGCGACCGAUAUGCCACCACCCUCCGCAACGAGAUCCAGCUAAAGAGGGCCCAGCUGCAGAAAAGCCGGAGUGCUGCCACCCUGACCUGCCCCAGCGAGACGGAGGAGCCAGAGGAAGAGGAGACAGACCCGGGGGGGUGGAAGUCCACCUCCUCCGAUGGCUCCUUUUCCUCCUCCUACAAGGACCACCUCAAAGAGGCGCAGGCUAGGGUCCUCCAGGCCACAUCCUUUAGGAGGAGAGACCUAGAACCUCCCGGGUCAGGGUCGGAGGCUCUGUUAACCAAACCCAACUCACACAUAGUCUCCCGCAUUGGCGGCCGCAAGCGUUUCCCUCUGAACAAGAGGGUCCACUCGUUCUCCGAGCCAGACAAGAUCAACAAGCUCGGAGUGGAGGGUGAGGGAGAACAUCCUGUUGGAACAGCACGGUCGUUUGUAGACCGGCGGAAGUUCUUUGAAAUGGCUGCUAAACCUUCCUUCUGCAGCGCCAUCUCAACCAUCCACAAGUCAGGCCAGCAGAGCUCCAGCACCACCUCCAGCACUUUGGAGCACGGAGAGGGCAAGGCCAGGGGGAGAGCCCACUCAGGGGAAACUGAGGGCUGGAGGCCGGGCCUGGCCAGUGAGACCUCCAGUGACCACCACCCAGACCCCCUCAGCUCCGCAGGCAGACAGGCCCUACUGGAGCAGCAGAGGCUGGGGACAUUCGCUGAGUACCAGGUCACCUGGGACAUGCAGAGGAAGGCUUCAGACACAAAGCCCCAGGGGAGGUACCACUCUGCUGACAACAUCCUGGACCAGGGAACAGAGGAGACGUCUGUCUGUGUCCACGAGAGGUCCAGAUCGUCUCCCUCACAAGACUUCUACACACAGAAGAUCCCUGUGCCAUGGAGAGACUCUGUUGAAAAGCCGUAUCUGGAUCACAGACGGGACCAGCAAGGAGGCAGUUACACCACCAGAGGGCAGAGCGAGAGCAGAGAGCAGCCAGCCCUGCUCGACCACUUCCCACAGCCUCCACAACCGUCUAUUCCAAGACUGACCGACACAGAGCCACACAGCAGCAGAGACGUGGCCACCCCCCUCCCUCUCCCUCACCCCUCCGACCACAGAUACAAACGUGACUCUGCGGACCCCGCCCACAACCUUCCCGCUCUCCCCCCGUACCCCUCCAACCACACCCACAGCUCUGUGCCUGAGCAACCACUACCACCUCCAACGCCCGCUCCCAAGCCCCAGAAUACAGGCCUCAUCAUCAUGCCACAUUGGGCUCUCCUAGGCCUGGAAACCUCCUCAACCACAUCCUCCUCCUACGGACUAUCUUCCCAGGAAUUCCUGCCUGGCCCUUGCACCCAUCAGGCUGAACCAUCAUCCAGCAGCAGCUGCUCCCCCCAUGGCACAGAGCUGGAUCCUGCCCCAAACCAAGCCUGCUCCUUGGGCUCCACCCAGCUCCCCUCUCCCUCCCCCGGGAGACCCGCUGGAUUGGACACGGAGGAGGGAGCAGCUGAUUCAACACUAGAGCCGCCACCCUCCCCCUCUUCCCACUCUCCUUUUUUCUCUUACCAGCCUGCCAGUCUGACGGUUCCCUCCUCAGGUGGGACUCGUUCUCCCUCUCCUCAGUUUGCUCCACAGAGGCUGACGGACCAGCCCCCUGUCUCUGUGUCUAUGCAGGAUGAAGCCCAGAGCAGGCCAGAGAACAGGACGAACGCUGUGAUGGAGAUGAGCAAUUUAGGGAAGAAGGUCCCUGUGAAGAUCGUCCAUGCUGAGAGCACCACAGAGAGGGAGAGCCGCCAGUACCUGCUGCACAGCGAGAAAAAUAGGCCCCCUGGAGUUUCAGAGGGGCCCGACCCUCCCCCGCCCCUACCGACCAGCCUGCCCUCCCCUGAGCCGCAGCCCUACUCCCUGUUCCGUGCCUACACCCCCUACACACGCCAUGGGCCCCAGAGUCCCCCCAGGGACCCAACCCUCACUGUAGCCCCAGAAGAGGCCCUGUCCCCUGGGCAGUCUCAGACCAACGGACCCUCCGGUACCUCCACCAUGGGUCUCCAGCAGCCUCAGAAGAGUAACUCGGAGGAGGAUGUGAAGAGAGAGGAGCUGGCCAGAGACAUCAUGGACAAGGAUAAGUCCCUGGUGGACAUCUUGGACCAGAGUAAGAUGAAGACCACCAUGGAUCUGAUGGAGGGGAUCUUCCCCCAGGAGGAGCAGAUCUUGGAUGGGGGGCACCAGAGGAGGAAAGUCUCCCCCAAACAGGGAUUGCCACACAGGGGAACGGAUGACCGGAGAGAGGAGGAGGGUAUGUCUGCUGCCACAGGGUCCCUGGUGACCAGCUCCUCUUACUACAGUACGUCUGCCCCCAAGGCUGAGCUGCUCAACAAGAUGAAGGACAUGCAGGAGGACGAGCUGGAGGAGCUGGAGCAAGACUCGGAGGACGAAUUGGACAUCAACCUGGCCAGCAAGAAGCAAGAGCUAAUUGACAGCCUGGGUAAGAAGCUGCAGGUGCUGCGCGAGGCCAGGGAGAGCCUUCAGGAGGACGUCCACGAUAACAACUCUCUGGGGGACGAGGUGGAGGCCAUGGUGCAGAAGGUCUGCAAGCCCAACGAGCUGGACAAGUUCAGGAUGUUCGUGGGAGAUCUGGACAAGGUGGUCAGUUUGCUGCUGUCCCUGUCCGGCCGACUGGCCAGGGUGGAGAACGCUCUCAACAGUCUGGAGGAAGACACCACACCAGAAGAGAAGCGCACCCUGUCAGAGAAGAGGAAGUUGUUGAUCAGACAACAUGAAGACGCCAAAGAGCUCAAGGAGAACCUUGACCGGCGGGAGCGCCUGGUUUACAGCAUCAUGGCUGCUCACCUCAGCCACGAGAGCCUGGCAGACUACCAGCACUUUGUCAAGAUGAAGUCGGCCCUCAUCAUCGAGCAGCGCAAGCUGGAAGACAAGAUCAAACUUGGAGAGGAGCAGCUGAAAUGUCUGCUGGAUAGUUUAUUGUUGGAGCAAAGGCUGCUGUUCUGACGAUGCUUAGUGCAAUCCGAGAUGCUUGGGACGUCCCUAACCUUACCCUAACCUUAACCCUUACCCUAACCUUAACCCUAACCUUAACCCUUGCCCUAACCUUAACCCUUGCCCUAACCUUAACCCUUACCCUAACCUUAACCCUUACCCUAAACUUAACCUUAACCUUUCAACUUCAAUAGGGCAACGUCAGAGUUGGGAUGUUCCAAGGAUCUCGUUUAGACUUUUCUUUCUGACAAUGGCCACAUAGAGGUGAUGUGGUGUACUGACACAGACUGGCCACUAGAGAGCCUCAGAGAGGCGCUGUUGGACUUGGAUAUGAUGGAUUUUCUGUGUGCUUUUUGUUGUAGUUGACUGACUUCUUGAAGCCUGUUACAUUUCAGUUCCACAGAACAGACAGGAGCUGUUUUUCUGUGCUGAAGAAACACCCUGUUUCUGGAUUUAAAGUAGCUCCUUAGAAGAAAUUCAUUAAGAUCGAUGAAACUUGCUUUGCUAAAUGUGUUUGAUUCAGGGAUGUUGGUGAGGCCUCAUGGUGAGGACUAUGAUUCUCAAGACGAGGUGGAGCGUCUCUGUUUAAUAUAAGGCGUGAUGGAAGAUGUUGGUUUUUUUUAGUAAUUUAUUGUAGCCUUUUAAAAUAUUUACAGAUGACUUGACAUUUCAGGUAAACUCACCUAUAAACCUACGUUGUAGUUAAUUACAAUACAAAUGAUAUAUAUUCUUAUUGUGAAGUAUAGGUUUUAUAAUUAGAUCAUUAACAGGGUUUUUCCUUAAUGGGACAGUGCUGGUUUGGUUCAGAAGUCUAAAGUUAUUUUCAUAUUUGCCCAACAGGACAAAUCAUACUACACACACCACUAAUAGCUAUAACAUAGAUGUGUAUGUUUUCAACCAAUCUUGUUCUCAGGCCCCACUACCCAUACAUUAGUAUGGUAUUCGUUGACAAUGUUUAUUUUUUACCCCUGUGCUGGGUCUUUUUUUUAAAUUCCAAAAGUAUAAAAAGGUAAUUAAACAUUUGAAAUCCAUUGUGAGCAGCAGGUACAGAGGCGAGCCAGGAACCGGAGGAUUGUUCAUUCGAGUCCCGGGUCCGGCAAGAAAAAAUUCUGUCAGGAAGUGAGCUGGCAACCGGAGGGUUCCUGGUAUCAAAUCCUAGAUGCCAUUGCAUGCCAUUGUGCCCUUGAGCAAGGCACUUAACCCCCUCCCAUAACAGACCCCUGCACCUCUCCGAAACAUGUAUGUGUAUUUUGAAUGGCAGUUUCUUUCUUUUGGAAGAGUUGGGUUAAAAGCGGAAGGUGCGAUUUGACCAACAAAGGGAUCUUAAAAUCAAAGAUUGAAUUAGCACUUUAUUGUCCCAGAAUUCCCAUGUUUAGGGACCUAUCUCAACCUGACGUUGUGCCUGGGCGUCUGCCACUGAACACUAAAGGAUUUGUAUGUCCAUACUUUGUAUUACCAUACAUGCAUGCAUUGUACUCUCACAUCAAUUUGAAGACAAUAAACAGUAUGACUCUGA